GUCAGACCGGCUAUCUUAUCUCAGCGCACCUGUACACAGUGUUGCGAAAUCAAUUCUGUGUCACGUGAAUAUUUAUCAACCCAGAAACCCUUAUUUUAUCCCGGGUGACUUUAGCAUAUGGACAAAGAAUUUACAGAAUGAUGACAAUGGGACAGAAUAUCAUUCUGAUGAUUUGGAUAUCCAUGAUUGGGUUGUCAACACAAUAUUCCAGUGACCAAACACUGUACAUCGGAAAUGAUUGUGAAAACUAUAAAAUACAUCAUGUGAAUAAGGAGGACACGUACACGAUUGUGUGGAACGGUGGCGUGAUACCUAAUUAUUGCUCCAUUGGUUUCAUUGGCCGUGAUGAUGGUUACAUGAACGAGUACAAGGUCUGUGUAGAGGCAGAGACGUGGAAAGUUCCGAACUGCGGGGCAAAGGUCAAGUUAGAAAAAGGAGUUGUCAGCGUCCUUUCAGAGGUCUAUUCCUGCUACCAGUCGCCUUCAAGUUGGUGUGGAGACUCUGAUGACUAUGUGGAUAUCAUGUUCGAGUCUACACCCACACAUUCAUCAGGACAGACUGCUGAAAUUCGCCUCAAAGUCACAGCCACUAUGACAUACAAUUACACAAUGACCAUUGGUCUCGCAGUCGGCGGAUGUGUUGGCGGUUUGUUUUUCCUGAUACUCGCCAUAGUGCUCAUUUCAAGGGUCAGAGCCCGACGACUUUCACCUGUAAUUCUGACAUCAGGUUAUAGCGCGCCCACACAAGCACAGGGUUUGAGAAACCCUGUCAUGUAUUCAAACACAAGCGGAAGCUAUCCAGACAGUUUCAAACCACCUCCCUCGUACGAAAGUGUGAUGAAUACCUCUCCUUACGCUCCGCCACCAAUAUCGACAAACCCACCCGUGAAUGGAUCAUAAAAAACAGUGUCGAGGAAAUAGACAUGCAAAUAUAAAUCCAAUAUAUAAUGCUACACAAUUCAAUCUGAGAAGUUUUUAAAUCCAACAGAAGAGGACUAACUGAACGUCUGCCUUGACAAUGGCUGUGAAGUUUGUGUGAUUUGUUGAAAUUGUUUUACCUAUUGUUGUGUUGAAUACAUUGUUUGUAAAUUAUAUAGAAUUAUUUGUUAAUGUCCAUCACUGAUACAUGUUCUAUGUUUGUAUUGCCACUAAAAGUAAUCAAUAUAUUUCAUAAAUUAAUGCUAUGGCUACGAUGUAAAUAAUGACUGUAGUUGAUGAAGAAACUGUAAUUACAUUGCGACACGUUGAAAAUGUAAAAUAUAUGAAAUGUUUCAAGAAUUUAAGAUUAUAACAUGAAUAUGAAAUCCGUUAUAUUUUUGUACUUUGUUUUUCUUGUGAAUGUCAUGUCCUGUGUACCAUAACUUAAUCCUGUUUUUCAAUAUCAAUUUACCUUUGUUUGAAAUAUUUAAAAAUAUAUGGUCGUUUUUUCAAAUAUAACUCCACACAAUGUUUUUGUUUGAACAUCGACGUGUGUAUCGUAAUUUUCUCGCUAACUGUACAAAAGAAGACUGAGCAAUCAAAAGCAUGAUUAUUUUUCAAAAUGUUAAUAAUUUUUAAUUUUUAAUCAUAUUUUUAUCACUGUGACUCUACUAUAUACACUACGCAGGAUUCGACAAAAAUGGAAGAUUCCAUUCAAAUGGGUAACAUGGACUAAAUUAUUAAAUGAUGAGGCAUUCGAAGGCCACAGAAGAAUGAAUUUAUUGAAAAAUCAUAGGUGUUUUAUUUGAAAAUAUUAAUUAAAACACAUAAUGGGAGCUUACUGUAACACAUAUCAGAGCAACGUAUAAUGUGUCUUAUAUCCUUAAGGGAGAAAACUCUAUCAAACAUAAUAAGCAUAACGUGUUAGAAAGUGCAUAUCAACUCAUUAGUAAACAAUGUUUUGUAGAUUAUAUCAUUUGUGCGUUU